AUGGUGAAGGAUUGGCUUUCACCGUUGACAAUGGCGGAAAUCAUCGCAAUCUGCAGAGAGCGCUCGAUAUUAGCAUCAAGGAUCGCUCAGCGGAACCGUGAAGAGAUGUUAUCUUUCAUCCAAGCCCUUCCCAGUGAUACACAAGCCAUUUUCGAGGAACAUCGUGAUCGUAAGAAGUGUAGACCAUCAAGAAAUAAGAGGAAAGCGGACUCGCCAGCACCAGAACUAAGGAAAAGACUGAAGAACUCCACAUCGAGCCGCUGCAUCGAUAGUGAAGAUGCCCGAAUGGUCGAGCCAGAAGAGGAACAAACCCCAUUUCAAAUCGAUGACAAUGACCAAAGUUAUCCAUUUUUGCAUAUCCCCACUGAAAAAGAGCUUCGCGAUUGCCAGGCAGCCUUCCUAGAUGCGAUCUCCCCUGCGGCAGUUCGAGAGGUCACUUGCGCUGUGUGUGCACGGCUGCGAUGGGAGCACGAGUGCAUCGUAGUCGAUGUUAGCGAAAUUCCAAACGCACACCAUUUGAAACCAGCAGAUAGUCCUCCGGCCCAACAUCUCAUUUCCGGCAUGCUGCUGGAGAAACACGGCGUAAUUGAGGUCAACGGGAAGUCGCAAGCUAACCUGUGUAAAACUUGCCUUCAAGAUCUUCAUCGAGAUAAAAUCCCCCAAUUUUCCUUAUCAAAUAAAAUGUGGAUAGGCGAUAUACCUGUCGAGCUAUCUCGUCUCACAAUGCCAGAACAGCUCCUGCUAUCGCCAAUUUAUCCAUGUUGCUUCAUUUUCAAAAUGUUCCCCAAAGGUGGACCUAGGGAUGAUCCCACACGUCUACAAUCUGGCUUACGGGGGAAUGUGACGAGCUUUCCUAUGAACACUGAAGAUAUCCUGAGUAUGCUCCAUGGACGCAAAUUGCCCCGUCCUGUGGGGGUACUUUCCUCUGUCAUAUCCGUCACUUAUGUCGGUGUCGGCCAUCUGCCACAGCAUUGGCUUAAGUCAACGUUUCGCGUUCGGAGGAGAGCUGUUUUGGAGGCACUUCAAUGGCUGAGGAAACACAAUCACUGCUUCUCAGAGUAUACGAUAGACGAAAAUGUUUUGAGUUCGCUACCAGAAGAUGAUGUGCCUUUAGAGAUAAUGGCAGCAAUCCGUCAGGAGACAGCGGUAAAUGUUCUCCUGAAGGAGCAUGACUCCUACAUACCUGGUAACGACAGGGACGACAAUGACAACACGAGUAGCGAGGAGGAAACUGCUGAAUCUAAUCAGCAUGAUGAGGGUGAUGUCAUUCCGUUGCAGUACCUUGGCAGUAGCCAAUCUGAGCUCACAGCAAGUCUGCAACGGACCCACCAUACGCUGUUCGCCAUGGGUGGAAAUUAG